GACUCGGGAUUGUUCUGAUGGGAUUUGGGUUGUUUUUUCUGCUCUUUGGUGUUCUGCUGUACUUUGACUCUGUCUUGUUAGCCUUUGGGAAUAUUCUGUUCUUGGCGGGUUUGUUGUUUCUAACCGGCCUCACGAGGACAGCUCAGUUCUUCUUCCAAAGGCAGAAGUUUCGAGGAACGCUUUUCUUUCUGGGAGGAGUUUCUUUAAUACUCUGUCGCUGGCCAAUCAUUGGAAUGAUUGUGGAGAGUUAUGGAUUUUUGCUUCUAUUCCGGUCAUUCUUUCCCAUCGCCUUGGAUUUAUUGCUGUCAGUUGUGAAUAUUCCUUUCCUAAGUGCAAUUUCUUCUUCAGCUUCUCUCCAGCAGCUCUGUGGAGUGAGCAAAGAAACAGUGAAGAAAUGCUGAGUGGACAGAAAACAGACAUUCUGCAAACUGAAACAGCUCAGAAAACAAACUGAAGUCAUUUCAUCACCAACCAAACACUUUAUUUAUGCUAAUGCAAAUGUAUUGUUUGUAUAUUUUUGUUCAUAAACAUUUACUUUUCCUAUA